ACUCCCCUUCAUGCAAGAAAUAAUGUAGACAACUAAAACUAGUAGGUGCUAAAAGCUGAAACUACGCGAGCUCUGAAGUCACAAAAUGAGAUAUCCGAUUUUGAUAAAGCUGGUUGGGUUCCUUCUAAUACUGGAUUGCGCUACUUCCAAUUUCAGCCUUACACCUCAACUGAUUCACCAAUCGAUAGCGGGCGAUAAUCCCGAUCCACCCGGAGUUCUCAUCUACCAUCCCGCAGUUCUGGAUGCCCUCGAAAGCCUUUCAGUAAUAACGGAUGGCGACACCCACAAGGAGUUUAGUGGCUUGUAUGAAAGACCGCUACCAAAAAUUAGCCAGAGUUUAUUUGUAAAUCACACGAAUACGCUACUUUUGAAAACAGAUACUAAAGUACUCCCAUCGGUUUGGGGAACUUUAGCCCCUUUAGCUUCUCUGAAAUUCAUGAACUUUGUAUUCCCGAGACGAAGUCUUUUCAAGUUCAACGAAGCCCUGAAGGAAACGCAUCAGAAUUCCCAGUUUCCGUCCAUCCUGCAGCGACGUUAUUUGAAUGUGAAUACCCAACUGAUGUCUGUUGGCACCGCCACAAUGACCGCCCAAUGGGCCGAAAGCCUGAGGCCUACUAACUUCGGCCUACAGGUUUUCCACAGCCAGCUCGAUAAACACGGAGGAAAUCGCUCCGUGGCAAUUGAUUCGCUGGUCAUAUUUGGGAAUUUCCUCUUCAGUGAGUUUGAUGGAUUGAAAUUGGUUCACCUUCCGCUGUCGAACAAUGUCACGCUCCUAAUUCUACUGAGUCCCCAGAACACCGAUAAUAAACCCUACAAGAUACCAAAUCAGUACGAUCCAAUAGAUCUGUUGAAGAAAGGAAGUCCGACGAACGUAGAGGUUCAGAUGCCCAAGAUCGAGUUUGAAUAUCGCACCGAACUUGUGCCCCAGGCACUCAACAGAAUGGGAAUCCAUCGAGUUCAUGAGAAAAACGCUGACUUUGGCAAACUUACACUCAGCCAAAUAAAGUUAUCCAACAUGGUGCACGCGACAUCCAUCCGAAUCGAUGAGUUUGGCAUCAACGAGGAGCCUUUUGAAAUCCUCAAUUUUACUCUUCCAACGCGAUCAGAUAAAAAUAAUCAUGUCUUUGUGGCCAAUCAUCCGUUCUACUUUUCGAUAGUAAGCGAAAAUCACGUCCUUUUCUCCGGCGAGUUUUUGGGACCCUAAGUAAAGAAAUUGCGAAUUAUAAGGGAAAAAUAUAAAACUUUUCCGUUUCCGAGUUUGAUUGUACCAAUUAUUACAGUGGCAAAAAAGGGAUUGUGAAUAAAAUAUUUG